AAAAGUCUCAUUUCUCGAUCCCCAAUUCGUGGAUUAGGGUUAAAAGGAACCAUUUUUAUCCUCGUCGCCAAAAACAACAAAUCUCAGAUCGAAGAAGGAAGAAGAGAUCGAAAUGGCGUUGAGAAGAGUUUACAGUGAAAUCAAAGGGAAGAAGGUGACGGAGCUUCCAGGCUAUUUGAAAUCGACGUUUUCAAUGGAGACCGUGAAGACCUCUGUGAAGAGAGGACUCGAUAACUACAACGAAAAAUACAUUCAGACCAGCUCCGUUGAUCCUAUCCUUCAUAUCUGCUUCUACGGCAUGGCUUUCUCUUACCUUGUCGCUCUCCCUAAUGAGCGUCGUCAUCUUGAGCAUCAGCAGCAUGCUAAGGAGCACGGUGGUCAUUGAUCUCGUCGGAAUCGUUUCGAUCUCGAGAUGAUUUUAGGGGGUUGCUGUGAAAUCUUUCUGCUUGAUGGUGACGAAUCAAGAAUUGUGUCUUAUUGUUUUGUUUUCUUGAAUUUUCCUGGAUAUUGUUGACCUAAAGGAAAACCUUUCUUUUGAAUUGCACUCCAUGAUAGUCAAUAAUUGAAGCAUCAUGAUAAUAUCCAUGAAUAAUGAAACCUGUUUUUUUUUUGUUCCAUGAAGUUGUGAAUUCACCA